CACCAUCAUCGAACCGAGCCUACUUAAGGCGCGCCGAGGCCGCCUCCCUUGUACUGUACAGUUUACCUUCAAGCAUGAGCUACAAUAACUACAACCAGCAGCAGAACUACAACAGCUAUCCCCAGCAAAACUACGGCGGCGCACAGGGCCAGCAGCAACAGCAACCGUACGGCGGCGUACCAGCUGGGCAGUCCUACUCGUCGCAGCCAUACAAUACCCAGCCAGGCUAUGGCGGCGCUCCUCCUCAGCAGCAGCAGUAUGGUGCGCCUGCCCAGCAAAACUACGGCGCAAUUCCUCAGCAGCAAUACGGCGCUCCUCCUCAGCAAAACUAUGGCGCACCCCCGCAACAGGCCUAUGGCGCACCUCCUCAACAAGCCUAUGGCGCACCACAGCAGGCCUAUGGGGCGCCGCCUCAGCAAAACUACGGUGCUCCACCUCAGCAAGCUUAUGGUGCGCCAGCGACGCAAAACUAUGGGGCACCAGCAUCGCAGAAUUACGGUGCAGCGCCAACCCAACACUACGGUGCGCCCGCUCAACAAACCUACGGUGCACCACAAGCCGGCUACGUCCCACCACAACCAGCAUUUGACCCAAGCUAUAAUGCCGAUGCCGAUGUUGCUGCCAUUCGCAAAGCCACAAAAGGUUUCGGAACGGAUGAAAAGCAACUCAUUCGUAUUCUUUCCCAAAAAUCACCUGUGCAUACGCAACAAUUGCAACAGCGUUUCGAACAGACUGUUGGGAAAUCACUCGCGUCGGUGAUUGAGUCUGAAACGGGCAGGUGGUUUGGAUUUGCACUGCUGGGUUGUGCCCUUGGUCCAUUACAAUUUGAUGUGCAUCUCUUGCAUCGUGCUAUGGAUGGUCUUGGUACGCAUGAAGAUUUGCUCACUGAGAUUCUCAUCGGUCGAUCCAAUGCAGAGAUGGAUGCCCUCAAGUACGCUUACAAGCAGAAAUACAACAAAGACUUGUUGGCUACCGUUCAAGGCGAUUUGUCAAUGAAGACAGAACGUAUGUUCAAUAUGGCAUUGACUGGUCGACGUGAUGAAGAAAACAUGAUGAUCGAUCAAGGCCGUAUUGGCGCAGACGUGCGUCAACUCUAUGAAGCGUCGGCUGGUCGCAUGGGAACAGAUGAGAUUGCAGUGUGUGGCAUCUUACUCUCUCGCUCAGACAACUAUCUCCGUGCGUUGAAUGAGGCGUACAAGCAUGCCUACCGCUCGACUGUGCCGGAUAUGAUCAAAUCUGAGUUUUCUGGUCAUAUGAAGGAAGGUCUUUUGCAUGCCGUCGAGGGUGCCGUGGAUCGUGCUCAUCGAGAUGCCAAGUUGCUUGAAGAAAGUAUGGCUGGGAUGGGUACGAAGGAUGAACGACUCGCGUACAGGAUUGUGCGAAUGCACUGGGAUAGGCAGCACACGCAGCGUGUCAAGCAGGUGUAUGCACAGCUGUACAGGCAGGAUCUUGCCAAGCGUAUCAAGGGCGAGACGAGUGGCGACUUUGAACGCAUCUUGCUUGCUUGUAUCGAGUGAGAUUUGGAGUCUGUAGUCUACUGUAUAUAGUUUAUUGUUUCAACAGUGUCCCGUAACCGCUGCCGAAAGCUCUCAUCACUCAGUCUGUGAACUUCAAAAUUCAGGGGUAAUUUGUCAGUAUGAGUUAUGAUGCUGAGCUAGAGAAUCGAUAUCUGCUAUGAUGAAGACACACACGAGCAUUACUAGGCUAGUGCCGCUGUCACUCGACAGUAUAGUCGGCACCACGACCACCUGCACUGGCAUACUCGGUGACCUCACUCUGCA